ACGCAAUGAUGUCAUCACGCAAUGACAUCACAACGUCAUUUGGUGACUAGACCUCAAACAACUGCCCCGGAUAAUUUGUUGGCGACACUGCCUCCACAAGCCGUGUUGUGCGAAGGAGCAACACUGGACAACAAGACCCAACACCCUCGGGACUAGCGCUGUAGCCAGAAACACCGACUCCAUCAUGGAGGAGGAAGGGCCCCCUGUAGAAGGCGACGCGGUGACCCCCUUCGCUGCAGAGACUUACGCCGCAGAGGCCAUGGCUGCCGACAUGGACCCGUGGAUCGUGUUCGACUCGAGAAGAACGCCCAGGUCCGAGUUCGAUGCCUGGCUGGAGAACAACGGGCCCUCGCAGGUGAACCGAUUUGGCGAUGAGAAAAGUGGUGUCAGUCCGGUGGGCUGGAUCGCGGUACUGGGCCUGAACCACUGCCCCAGCAGCGGGGAUGUCGCGGGUCUCCAGGAGAGCUGGGAGAAACUUUUGGCCAGCGGCCGGCCGGUCAGCUUCCAGACCGUGAAGGAGCUGGCUCUGAACCACGGAGUGCUCUCAGGCAAGUGGCUGAUGCACUUGGACUCUGGUUUCAAGUUGGACCACGCCUGGGAGUGUGUUGCCAGAGCAGCCCUGGAUGGCAAGAUCUCGCUGGUCAAAGUCAGUCCACACAAUCCCAACGGAGAGGGCAAGCAGGUCAUUUGUGCCUACAACCAAGACUUCACUGACGAGAGCGAGGUGGUAAGGCUGGACAACAUCAUCCGUGCCACAGGGGUCAAAUGCGGCCUCACCUACAAGCCAGACGUGUACACGUACCUGGGAAUCUACCGAAACAACCGCUGGAAACUGUGUCCAACCAUUUAUGAGAGCAAAUUUGACCUGGAACGUGUGCCGCGGCGUUCUCACAUUAUCAGCAGAGUCACCAAUCUCGAGGUGACUUGAGCUUGUUGGAACAGGAGGAUUGUGGAAUGAGUAAAUGGAGUGACGCCGGGCUGUGCAGUUAAUCACCCACGAAUUUUGAUCUAAUUUUUUAUAAACGUAGCAUAAGAUCUAUCUUAACUUUUCCAAUUGACCUGUUUAUUUUGUGGGGGGCAGGGCGCGUGUUUUGAGAAAUUUCAGAGAAAUCUUAAUUUGUAAGCAGAGGAAAACAUUUUGUUUACAGUAUUCAUUAGUUGGGCCAGUGUUGCCAAAUAAAACCUACUUUUGAAGACCA